AUGCGGCAGCUCCUCGCCGGCGCCAGGGCGAUCCACUGCGCCGGCCUGAUCCACCGCGACAUCAAGCCGGCGAACGUCCUCGUCGGCCCGGACUGCACGCUCAAGUUCUGUGACUUCGGCGACGCCACGCCGGCCAUCCCGCCGCACGACGAGUUCUUGGUCGGCACGCUCCGGUACACCUCGCCGGAGCAGCUCGUCGGCGACUGGUACUACGGCCAGGCCGUGGACAUGUGGGCGCUGGGCUGCGUGAUGGCCGAGCUCCUCACGGGCAGACUGCUCUUCACGCUGUCGGAGACGGCGGAGGAGCACUACCUCGAUCUGCUGGACCUGCGGGACUGCGACGUCGCGUCCAAGGACUCGCCGGCGUUCGGUGGGCUGCCGGGGCUGUCGCCGGCGGGGCGCGAGGUGCUGGCUGGGCUGCUGAGCUUCGACCGGCAGAAGCGGCUGACGUCGGAGGCGGCGCUGGAGCACCGGUGGUUCACGGAGGAGGCGGACUCCCCUGCUGUCCUGAAGCGCCUCGCCAACGUAGCCGAGGCCGAGAAGAACAAAUUGUAG